CUUGGCUAAACUAACAAUUUCAAACUCCUGGAUUUAAGGGCGAGUUAGAUCGCUUUCGCUCACUCGGAGCGUAGCCCCCUUUUUAAGGGGUUGUGGUAGCACGUGGGGAUGCGCUUCUCCGGUCCUGCACCCGCCGGGAUCUAUUUCCUUUCAGCUGCGGAUUUUUCACACUCUGCUGAGGCUUUUCUGCCUCUUGUCUGGUUGCUUCAGGAGGCGCUCCUGAAGGCCAGCAUUCUUGUGUGGCUUUGUUAGUUCAACAGUUGCUGACAUCCACAUUUUCCCCCUGCGCCUUCCUCUCUCCCUUGUUAUUUGAUAGGGGUUUCUUUUCGUUUUUUUCCGCCAAAGAAAGCAACUUUCAGAGAGCUCUUUUGCUUGAAAACUUUAAAGCUUUAGUCCCAUUAACUAAGUAGGAGGGUGGGAGCUGAACUUCUUGCAACAGGAAAGGCUUCUACUAUACAAGUUGUGGAAAGAGCUGGAGGUGUGUGUGUGGUUUCUAUCCAGCUCAUUUUCUUUCAACUGAAGUUAAAGCAUCUUUAGACAUUACAGAAAUUUGAGGGGGACGGGUAGGGUUCUUCAAACUGUGUUUCACAGAACCCUAAAGUUGCUUGAGAGAGUGGGGGAGGGGGGAGUUUGCUGAAAUUCAGCCAAUUUUCUUUCACCAGAAUUUUGCUUCUUGAUUGAGGUUCUAGGAUUUUCUUUUUUGAAACCUAAAAAGGCUCCAGAUUCUGAAAAAGUUUGAAAACUAUUGCUUCAGAAGAACUAAGCCUAUUUGGGGAGAGAUUCCAUAGAAUUCUUUAAACCCCUCUGCCCCAGAUUCUGUUGAAAUAGAAUUCUUUUGGGAGACUUCUCAUAGCCCUAGCACACUGAAGGGAGCAUUUCCUAUUCCACAGUCAAAUUGAUUAACUUGUUUCUUUGCACUCUGAGUGUCAGAGUGCUUCUGAUGGACUCAAGAGUCCAUGGUGCUUCUGAUACAAUUUAGAUGUUCAUACUGAGUCAGGCAAUGUCCCUUUGGGAGGCAAAAUAAGAAUAUUCCCUGUGAAGUGUAGUUGCAUUACUGGUGAGCCUGGAAUUGUUCAGGAGAUAUAUUACAUGCAUGUCAUAUACUCUUGAGUCUUAAGGCUUCAAGGAAGCAAAAUGAAUAUGAGUGUAGUAUUUACUGUUGAUUGUUUGCUUUUGUUCAUUUCUGUAGUGUGUAGGGGGAAUUGCUCCAGUCUCAGGCGAAGAGCAAAUAGAUUUUGACAGGUCAUAUAAGGGUUAUACCUUAGCAGCUGUUUGAAUUGUUGGCAUUGCUGAAAAAGUAAAAGAAUAUUGGCUGCUGGAUAGGCGUAGUCUUGCAACACUAGACUUUGUAGUAGGAAUUCUAAGAAUAAAUAAUCGUUUCGCAGCUCUGCUACAAACUUUGUUAAUCAGAGUAAAUCAGAAUGUUAGGUACAUCCUGAUAAGGGUAUUUCAGGUCUCCAUUUUACAUCCCAAAUUAAGAAGGUCUGGUUUCCCCAACUUUUGAAUACAAUAAAAGGUUAUUGUUGGCAGAACAGAUUCAAGUUAAAUUUGAGGAAUUCUUAAAAAAUAAAAAUAAACAUUGCCUGGUUAAUAGCACAGACUAGACAUUCCAUUGCUCGAGAGGGAUGGAGUUUCUACUUUGUUCCAGAACUACAGUAUCUUGCCCAACAUCGAGAUCUCCAGAUGUUUUAAGGAUGCUAUUCCCUUACUGCAGGUUAUGGAAGGCUCAUAAUAACGCUUCUUCUUUUUCUCUGCAGGCUUUAAUCUGCCAUCAUUCUGUUUUUAAGUGACUUGGAGAGAAUGCAGGGGGGCAAUGCACUGGCAGUGCUAUGGCUCAUAUUCCUAGCUGUGGCUGGUGCUCUUGGGCAGUAUGACAAGCCUGCUUUCACCCCCAUCUUCACCCGCAGGCCCUUUAUUGUGGCUUGGAAUGCACCAACCCAGGAUUGUGAGCCUCGCUUCAAGGUUCAAUUGGACUUCUCUGUUUUUGAUGUUCAGGCCUCGCCUAAUGAGGGCUUUGUGGACCAGAACCUGACCAUUUUUUAUAGAGAACGCUUGGGCCUUUAUCCCUACUAUGAUGCGAACAAAGUGCCAAUUAAUGGGGGUGUCCCACAAAACAGUAGUUUGGAAAGACAUCUAAUCCGGUUAACGGAGAGCAUUCAAAAAUACAUCCGGUCCGAUUCAAAGGAAGGAUUGGCAGUCAUUGACUGGGAAGAGUGGAGACCCAUCUGGAUCCGAAACUGGCAGCCCAAAGACAUUUACCGGAAUGCCUCUCGUAAACUCGUGCUGGCUCGGCGUCCUAAAUUGCAAGAAGAUCAAUUGAAGAAGGAGGCCCAGUAUGAAUUUGAAUCAUCGGCUUGUGAUUUUAUGAGGGAGACUCUGCGAAAUGCCAAGAGCUUUCGUCCACGACAGCUCUGGGGUUACUACCUCUUCCCAGACUGCUAUAACCAUGACUAUCGCAACAACCAAGAGAGCUACACUGGUCACUGUCCUGAUGUAGAGAAGACACGGAACGAUCACCUGGCCUGGCUCUGGAAGGAGAGUACUGCUCUUUUCCCUUCCAUUUACUUGGAACGUGAAUUGGCCAACACCAUGAAUGGCCGCAAAUUUGUGAGGUCUCGAGUAAAAGAAGGCCUUCGUAUUUCUCAACAACAUCAUGAUAACUAUGCUCUACCUGUCUUUGUCUACACCAGGCCCACUUAUAGCAAUCAGCAGGAUCUUUUCUUGAGUGAGACAGAUCUGAUCUCCACCAUAGGUGAGAGUGCUGCUUUGGGGGCAGCGGGUGCUAUCUUCUGGGGAGACGCUGGAAACACUGGAAGUAAGAAAAAUUGCCAGCUGAUUAAAACAUACAUAGAAGAGCCCCUUGGCCGUUACAUCAUCAAUGUGACAACCGCAGCUGAGCUCUGUAGCCAGACUCUUUGCAGGGGCCAUGGCCGGUGCCGCCGCCAAGAAAGUGAGGCCAGCAUCUUUCUGCAUCUCAAUCCAAACAGCUUCCAGAUCUACCGGAAUGAAUCCAAGCAUCCAAAGCCACUCAUGGGAGCCAAAGGGAAGCUCUCUCAGGCAGACAUUUCCUUCCUACAAGCCAACUUCCAAUGCCAUUGUUACCAGGGGUGGCAUGGAAAAGGGUGCGAGAAGCAGCUGAAUCCACCCGGAGGUGGCCCCUCUAUUUCUUACACGCUUGGACUCCAGUUGCUGAUGACUGUCUUCCUUCUGGUCUGUUUGCACUAGGCCACCUCUCCAGUGGAAUCUGUAGGGUGCAAGGGAAUCCAUGGUGCUUGGAACAAUAGGAGAGGCGGUGCAAUAGGCAAGGAAGGUAGGCGGCCAAGAAAAAGUAGGGGCAGAGCCCUUAUAUCUUUAUUUAGCAGUAAAGUAGCAGACCUCUUAAAGAGACGGCUCUACCUCUCCCCUCAGCACUCCCAGCCCUUCAUGAAGCAAAAGAGAAAGGAUCCUUCUAACCACUGAGAUUGCCUCUUCAGAGAACUGGACAAGUGGAAGAAAGGGUGCUUUAGAGACUGGCAAAGGAAAGAUGCUUCACGGGGCAUGACCUCUGUGGCCCUUGCCUUGGUUUGUCUGGUAGCUUCUUUUUAUCACGGGAACCCAUAACAACGCUGUAGGUCAGCUACCCAAAAGAGAGGCUCACACAAGGGACCUGGGGCCAGAGCACAGGCCCUCAAUGCCUACAUCCAGUCCUUCAUCCUUGCUUUGGAUAAGGACUAGGAAGGGGCUGCUUGGCUCUUCUGUUUUAGGGAAAGGUGCCACAAGCAAUGAGAGGCCUUGAAGCACAGGUGUGGAGGUUUCAUGGAGCUGCUGUAAUGAAGAAAAUUGCUGCUGUUCUCCAUCUCUUUAGAUAGGUGGUAGAGAAAGAGGUGAGUCCAGGGGGAUUACCUUGGAGAGUAAUUUGGAAAUCACUCUUUGCUGACUGUGGGGUGGGCAGCACAGUUUUUAAUGGCCCAGAUAAGGCAAAUGACAGGGAAAAACAUGCCUGGUUUGUCUGUGGCCACUGUCAACUUGGAAGCCUGCACCUCUUACAGGAAAACCAAAAAGUUUUACCUCAGAAUUAAAGAGACACAGAGAAAAUCA